AAAUUUGGAAGCACUAAAUUUUUUUGUGCAUGGUACAGUCACAAUAAAGAAUCCAGUUACACCAAUGAAAUGCUCCAGCAUGCAAGAAACUCAUUAUUUGGUAAAACCACUCGAAAAAAGUCCAUUUACCAUCUCAAGGCAAUACAACUCAUUGGUUGUUUUGGGCUGUUAGAAUUCUGUCUGGCUGCGUGCUAAUGCUACAGCUACAAUCGGCGGAUGCAUGGCCAUCUGUGAUGGUAAUUCUACAGACAACAGUUGGAAUGGUGUCAACUGCUGCCAGACAAAAAUCCCACCUCGGAUCCAGGAGCUUAAAUAUACUUAUCAAGGCAUUCAAGCCAAUAUUAUUAAUAGCACCUGUGGAUACGCCUUUCCUAUCGAAAAGAAAUGGUUCCAAGAGGACUACAAAAGUUACAAGGGCCUUUAGAAUAAUCUGUCGAAUCCAUUUGACCAAGAAUUUGAAUAUGCACCAUUAGUACUUGAGUGGGAACUUGAUAAUCACGAGUUUUCUCCUCAUACUUCUUGCACAUAUUCCAAGAGAAGCUCCUAUCGAUCAUCAAUUUCUGGUGAAAAUUACAUAUCUUCACUUAAAUAUUGCUCUUGCGGCUAUGGGUAUGAAGGGAACCCUUAUAUACUCGAAGGAUGCACUGAUAUAGAUGAAUGUACAAAUGCAUCACUGAAUCACUGCAUAAAUGGAACUUGUAUCAACUUAAUAGGGAGUUACACAUGUCAAUUUGACUAUAAUCGAAAUGGCGGUGGUAGAUCUCAAUUCAAAUUAGCAUCCCUCAGCAGCCUUGCUAGUGUGCUUGGUGCACUAAUUUUGCUCAUUGGAGCAUGAAGGACCAUGGAAGUUAUCAGAAAAAUCAUUGAGUCUAACCGUAAACACAAGUUUUUUAAGCGAAAUGGAGGUUUGUUGUUGAAACAACAGUUGUCUUACAAUAACAAUGGCCUAUUGAAAACCAACUUGUUUAGUUCCAAGGAGUUAACGCAAGCUACAGAUCAUUACAACGAAAAUCGAGUGCUAGGUCGUGGUGGCCAAGGUACCGUCUACAAAGGAAUGUUGACAGAUGGAAGUAUUGUUGCAGUAAAGAAGUCCAAAAGAGUAGAUGAUCGUAAUCUUGAAUUCUUCAUCAACGAGGUUGUUAUUCUAUCCCAGAUAAACCACAAAAAUGUGGUCAAACUUUUGGGAUGCAGUUUGGAGAUGGAAGUUCCUCUUCUCGUCUACGAGUUCAUUCCCAAUGGUACACUUUUCCAACAUAUCCACAAUCCAAAUGAGGAGUUCCUGUUAUCUUGGAAAAUGCGUGUCCGAGUAGCCAGAGAUGUAGCAGGAGCACUUUCUUACUUGCACUCUGCUUCAACUGCACCUAUUUACCAUCGAGAUAUCAAGUCGAAAAAUAUACUACUGGAUGAUAAAUAUCGGGCCAAAGUUGCUGAUUUUGGGAUAUCAAGAUCAAUUGGUAUAGAUGAGACACACUUGACCACAAGAGUCAUAGGGACCUCCGGUUAUUUGGAUCCAGAGUACUUCCGAUCAGGUCAUUUUGCAGAGAAGAGUGAUGUCUACAGUUUUGGUAUCGUUUUGAUUGAGCUUUUAACGGAGGAGAAACCCAUCUCAUCACCUAGAUCAAUGGGAAUGAGUUUAGCUACACAUUUCUUGAACUGUAUGGAGGAUAAUCGUUUAUCUGACAUUCUUGAUGCAAGGGUUCUCAUGGAGGGCACGCGAGAGGAAAUUGUAGCUGUUGCUGAACUUGGUAGAAUAUGUCUGCAUAUGAAUGGAAAGAAAAGGCCGACUAUAAAGGAAGUUGCGUUAGAGUUGGAAGGAAUUCAAAUGCUCAAACAAGGUUCAGUUUUCCUGCAAACUUUGACUUCAUGAGUGAUGAGGUCAGAUCGUCCCAAUCAAGAAAUACAAUUAAUAAUAUCGGACGUACCUCUUUUCAAUGCAUGUAUAAUGAUUCGAUUCCACAUCAAUUGACAUGUUACGUCGCGUUUAUGUUAUCACCACUUUCAAAUAGCAAUGUUCUCCUGCAAAACACUGGCGUUGCCACUCGGACGAUUAAAUCAUUAACGAAUCAAAGAGAUAACAUGAGAACAAUUUUUUUUUGUGUGCGUGUGGAUUUCUCACAUUGUAAAAUUUACCUUUUGGUGGAGAAAUAAAGUUGUAUUUGUAUAUUUCAAAUCUGAAAGUCUUUAAUGGAAAUUGAUCAAGUUUCCAAAAUUUAUCAUAAAUUUGAUUCGUUGGUUUUGGUGCUCAGAUAGGCUCGUGAUCCCCAAUUUGAGACCCGAAGCUAUUUGGCGGUUUGCUAACCGCCAAAUAGAAGUUCAAAAUCGACCAAUAUUAUAGAAUGGUCAACAAAAUAAAAUAGAAUUUUGGAAAUUCGAAGACCAUAAUUGGUGCAGAGACAUCCCUAGGAUUUUCACCCUAGAGAUAUCGAUGCAUAUUUAGAAUGCUGGCGUCCUGAACAACCCCUGAUAGGUUGUCUUUAGUCCAACGGACAAAGCCCAUCAAUUCGAGUUUCUAAGCCGAAGUUUUUUUUUCACAAAAUGGUAAAUCUUCCGAGAAAUCCAAAUAAUUAAAUUUGAAGUUCAAGAAAUCAUGGAUAUGAGAAAAUUAAGCUUACAAGAAUAAAUCAGUGUUCGAAAAGAUAAAUCUAAUCAAUAGCAUGCUCAUUUGACAAGUCCAAUUCGAUAAAUACGAUCUUUUUGAGAAAUCCAUUUCAAUGAACCAUAUAGAGAUGGCCCGACUCCCAAAAUACGAGUUUAUUCGAGAAAUACGAUCGAUUAAUAGCCAUCAUUUUGGAGAAAAUCUGAGCGUCAAAGGAUAAAUAUAACCAACUCCAA